AAGAGCACUCCUCAUCGUGAUGAACAUUCAUCUUUGUUCGUUUAUUCGUUGCGUCAAGAAAAUUCGAAUAAAAUAUUGCCAUUAAUGAACAAGGUAUUUUUGAGGAUGUCAGCAGAAGACUUAACAACGACGAGCACACCAACAACGACGGUCCAUCAGCUAAACAGCAAUCAUUCAUCUACAACCGCCACUCUACCUCAAUAUUCAGUUCCUGCACCUCAACUUGCUGGCACCUCCAAGUACAGUCAACUGUUGAGUGUAAUUGAGGAGUUAAGUAAGGAUAUUCGACCCACCUAUACAGGACGUCUGAUAUUACCUCAGAGGCCAGCUGCAUUGGCGUGUUAUUCGAGUGAGAAUAUGUUCGUUGUAUCAACCUAUCAACUGAACGGUCAGUCAACAUCACGUGAAGGUGCUCUUUAUAUAAUCAAAGAUUUUGUCAUCUCCGAAACAGUGCCGAUGUCUGGUGGUGUAUUCCGUUUUGAGUUCGACAAUUCAUCUGAACAUAUCUAUACUGCGCUCACAAACGGAUCUUUGGGCGUUGUCGAUCUGAGGACGCUCUCCGUGAGCGACUUACCGGUUGUAGAAGGUUCCAUGUUGCUGAGUGUUUCGAUUCGCAACGGAACGGCCGUGACAUCCGAUAAUCAUGGCUCAAUACACGUUGUCGACAUAGUUUCAGGUCAAACAAAAUCAUUUCGAGCUCAUACGUUGCCAUAUACUGGUGAAGGUUGUGAAGUUUGGAGUGUGGCGUGGUUAGACGAAAAUUUGUUGGUAUCGGGUGGUGAGGACGGAAUAAUGAAAAUGUGGGAUUUGAGGAUUGCUGAAAAAGCAGUGAUGGUAUGUAGGGAGCAUUCGAGUGGGAUUGUGUGCUUGAAGACUGAAGAUGAGACGUCUUUACUGAGUGGUUGUUAUGAUGAAUUAAUUCGAAGAUUCGAUAAAAGAUCAAUUGCGCGACCAGUGAAUGAGAAGAACGUUCGUUAUUGUCUUUAUUCGAUAUUUGUUCAUGGUGGCGUGUAUGCUCAUUGUUUUCAGCUUGGUGGUGGUGUUUGGGCCAUAGAAAGUGAUAAAGAAAGUGAUAAUUUACUGGUUGCGUGUAUGUACAAUGGAUGGUGUUUAAUUGAUGCUGGAACAUUUGAAGAAUGCGAAUCAAAUCAUCAGUUAGGUUCAAAUCUUCUUUAUGGUGCCUCUCUUUGUAAGAAAUCUCGUGUUGUCGCUUCGUGUACGUUCAACGAUUAUGUAUUAUCCUUCGAAAAAAUUAACGAUUUCUGA